GUCAGAGCUUCCUUCCGCCUUCUCCUAAUAGCCGUCCUGCUCCACAGCUGUUGCUACCGAAUUCCCCCCCACCCGGACGCUUUCCUCGGGCGGCAGACAGAGCAGAUCCAGGAUCUAGGGAGAAAACUCGAGCCGGUUCUCCCCCUCGACGCAGUUAGCUGGACCGCUUUUGGAGGCAGCGGUGGGGGAGACACUGGCGUUAACGGCCAACGCUGCAACGUGCACAUUUGCAGACAUACACUCCUCCUCUCUUUCCUCCCUCCCUCCCUCGCUCCCUCCCUCUCUCACUUUGGUGCUGGGCUCCGCACAGCUCCUCCACUCCAUUCAUUGCUGAUUCACCCGCUUGCCUCUCCUCUCCGCCAGUCGCUCUGCCGUGCUGUGCUCUGCCUGCCUGCCUGAGAAUGGUCCAGCCGGUGCCUGGGGGUCUGCUGUCGCAGCCUGUCUGAACACACGCACAUACACAAGAGUCGGUCGACACGCGGAAGCACUCACGCAUGAUCUGGAGAGCAAUGUGAGAGAGGAAGUGCCUUUGCUGAUGUGUGCUGCAGCUUUGACCCGCUUCUACCGCUGAAGCUCUAUCUUCUCCCCGCCCCUCCCGCCUCGCUCGCUUGCUGCCGUAGCGCAAGGAAAAGUGGCCGCGCCCUCCUCUGACUGCGCUCCGACCCGUUCUUCCAUCCGCCAUCACCGCCAUCCACCCCUCCCAGUGGACCGCAGCCUCCACUAAGCCUCACCUGACAGCCCCCCGGCAGCCCGAUUCGCCACAAGGCCCACACAGAGCAUCGCACACCUUGCCUUUACUUACCUUCGCCUUGGACCCUUUAAGCCUCCACACAGUCCUCAGUGUCCUUAAUCCCCCGACCCCAAAGCAGACUACACCCCAGACUAUCACCUUUGUUGCCUGCUUCACUGCAUCUUAUAACCAGAGGGCUUUUUCUCCUACGCCACUUUGGCUCAUGAACGCACCAGACAAGAAGAAUCAGUGAGUAAUAAGAGUGAAUAUUCAGGCAGGCUGCCUCCUGGAUAAAACCAAUUUACUCGAUGGAGAAGAUGGCGCAAUAGCAUUCACGGCCUUAGUUCGUCCUGCAACAUUUCACCCUGGACUCUUAGGAAACUUUUUUCUUUUGAAAAGAAAAAAAAAAUCCCAAACAUCACCACAACCUCGCAGGCAAUAUCAGCAUAAAAACACAAUAAAAAGCGAAAUCGUGGAUUCAAACCCGAGCGGUACGCUUUGAUCGAGGCUCGUCGAACCAAUCUCAGCUGGGAAUUGAUUUUUUUUUUGGUGUGCCGGCACGUUGCCAUGGCGAUGAACAUAGCACAGAUCCGUGACACAAAGUGGCUGACGCUCGAGGUAUGCAGGGAGUUUCAGAGAGGCACGUGCUCCCGCUCGGACCAGGAGUGCAAGUUCGCUCAUCCGGCCAAGAGCUGCCAGGUGGAAAACGGACGUGUCAUUGCUUGCUUCGACUCACUCAAGGGCCGCUGUUCCAGAGAGAACUGCAAAUACCUGCACCCUCCUCCGCACCUAAAGAACCAACUGGAGAUCAAUGGCAGAAACAACCUGAUUCAGCAGAAGAACAUGGUCAUGCUGGCUCAACAGAUGCAGCUCGCCAACGCCAUGAUGCCUGCCACCCAGCUACCGCCCAUGCACAUGUUCUCUGUGACACCCGGCCUGGCCACCAACGCCAACGCUGCGGCCGCAGCUGCAGCCGCGGCCUUUAAUCCCUACCUGAGCCCCGUGUCGCCAGGCCUGAUGCCCCCGGAGAUCCUGCCCAGCACCCCAGUCCUCAUGGCUUCCAGCCCUGCCGUCAGCCAAGUCCCCAACGCUGCCGCUGCAGCCCAGAAGCUGCUGAGAACAGACAGACUUGAGGUGUGUCGCGAGUACCAGAGGGGCAACUGUUCCCGGGGGGAGGACGACUGUCGCUUUGCCCACCCCGCAGACAGCACCAUGAUCGACACCACCGACAACACCGUCACCGUGUGCAUGGACUACAUCAAGGGGCGGUGCUCCCGCGAGAAGUGCAAGUACUUCCACCCGCCGGCGCACCUGCAGGCUAAAAUUAAGGCCACCCAGCACCAGGUGAACCAGGCCUCAGCCGCCGCUGCCAUGACUCAGUCGGCUGUCAAAUCACUGAAGCGACCCCUCGACGCAACCUUUGACCUGGGUCUCGGCCCCAGUGUCAUGGCUCCCCUGCCAAAGCGGGCAGCCCUGGAGAAAGCCAACGGGGCCUCUGCUGUGUUUAACACCGGCAUGCUCCAGUACCAACAGGCCCUGGCCAGCAUGCAGUUUCAGCAGCAGGCUGCUUUCCUCCCAUCAGGCUCAAUAUUGUGCAUGACCCCUGCAGCCGGCGUUGUUCCCAUGAUGCACGGUGGUACCCCGGUCAGUGUGUCUGCAGCCACCACAUCUGCCACAAGCGUUCCCUUCGCAACUGCCUCCACCAAUCAGGACUCUUCCUUAUCAAAGUUGACUACCAACGAAUACAUGCAAUUGAUUCCAAUAAUAUCUGCAGAUCAUCUGAGUAGUCACAAGUACUUGACUCAAAUGUAGUUCCUCUCAAGAACAAUCAAAUGAAUGUGUGCUGGCACCGUCCGAGCCAAAACAGUUCAGCCUUUAUUUCCAUAAAACUUUAAGAAUGUCAAGCAACGGCACCGAGGAGGGUCUACCGUCUGUCAAAACAUCCAGGGUGCGACCCGUGCCAUCUGCCCACAUGUAAAAAAGUUGAGAGAGAAGAGGCCAUCUUGGUGCCUGGGGGGGGAGGGAUGAGGGAAAAGGUUGGGGGGGGGGGGUGAGGGGGGUCAGUGGGUCUCAUCACACCGCUGUACAUCUAAAUCAUGGCUCUCGAUCGGUUUGUAAUUCACUUCACCGGACGCGGAGAAGGUCAAAGAGUGACGUUGCGCGAGUCUAAAAAGUACACCUCUGGUACGUCAGGCGACCAAGAUUUCUUUUUAUUCCUUUUUUGUUUUUUUUGUUUUUAAUUAAUCAGCCAUAUUUCGUCGUUUACAAAAAAAAAAGAAAGAAAACAAAACAAAACAAACAAACAAAAAAAAAGACAUGCACCUUGAAUUUGAAUCGAAACGAGAAAGGCACAGCCAUUUUGAAACAGGAAAUCUGCUAAGGCGAUUGAGCGCGUGCGGUAUUGUGUGUAUGUGUGUGCGCGCGCGACUAGUCAAACUAGACUCGGAUGGAUGAAUAAAUGAGGGUUGUGGACAUAUGAAUGUUGUGGGUAAACCAACAUUACCUGUGUACCUUGAAAGCACAGCCAGGCUUGCGCUUCUCACCUUGUCACGUGCCAUGGAGGCCAUACAGCUCAAACCAGAGUGUUGUCUCAGCAGUGUUAUUUGUUUACCGAGGGUAAAAAUUGAAACAGAAAAAAAACAACAACAAAAAACAAAUGUAUGGCUCUUACUAUUGUUUAAGAAGUGUUAAUAAUUUUAGAAGUGGGUUUUUGUGCUAAUUUUUAUGUUUUUAAAUCUUUUAAGUAUGAC